CUGUGCAAUAUGCUGACAUCACAACAAGCAACAAUAUGGAAUGAUAGAGCGAGAGAGAAAGAAGAGACAGAGCAAUGUCAGUAUACAACUGGUAUAGAACGCCUACAAGCAGGAGAGACGGGGCCGAGCAUCCCCUAUUUGGAUUGGAUGUAAUGGAUAUUUUGACGCCGAAGCAUGCAAAGGGCUGCAAAUAAACAUCCACAAGUUCCAAAACAAACGACGACAACAGCAACAAAUAAAUACUGGCCAGCUGUGGAUGGCAAGUGGAACAAAAUGGUCUGCCAAACCGGUUUUCAGUAUGAAGAGAUUAAGAGGCGGAGCCUGCUUGCUUGCUUGCGCUUGUGCGUUGUAUUGUUCUGUCUACCUAACCAUGCGCUCUCUCUUUGGGGUGGGUGCGAGUGCAAGCGUAUGCGUGUGUGUGUGUGUCUAUUGAGUGAGAGCAUGCGCAAGGCGCGCUCACUGAGCCGAGGGGUAUAAAUAGCGCGGUCAGCAGCCGAAGAGAGUCAGUAUUGAGUUACGCAGCGCAACGUGCACAUCAGCAACAGUUACUCUCGUGUGUGUCAAGAAGAAGAUAAGAAUUUGAAACACAAAUUUAAAAGACCAAAAAGAAAAUAUUUACAAAAAUGGUGAAAAGUGUCUGCGAAAUGGAAUUCAAAAGCAAUUUCUCCAUCGAUGCCAUUUUGGCCAAGAAACCCACAACAACAACAUCAGUCACAGCUGCAGUGAUCAAGCAUGAACCAACAACAGCACCAACAAUGGCAAUGCCAUAUCAUCAACAUCAUCAUCAUCGCCAUCCCAUGCCAUAUGCCAACUCCGAUGGCGAACUCUCCGCCUCCGAGGACUUUGACAGCCCCUCUCGCACCAGCACUCCGAUGAGCAGCGCCGCUGAGUCGUUGUCGUCGCAGCACAAUGAUAAGCUCGAUGUGGAGGAGUUCGAUGAUGAUGGCGACAUUGAACUGGAUGGCGAAGAUGACAGCGAUGGCAGCGACAAUGCCAGCAGUAAUCCCAGCAAGAAGCAGAAGAUCAGCGCCAGCAGCAACGACAACAAGAAGCCACCGUAUAGCUACAAUGCUCUGAUCAUGAUGGCCAUUCAGGACAGCGCCGAACAGCGUUUGACCCUCAACGGCAUCUAUCAGUAUCUGAUCAAUCGCUUCCCCUACUUCAAGGCCAACAAGCGCGGAUGGCAAAACUCCAUUCGCCACAAUCUCAGCCUGAACAAAUGCUUUACGAAGAUUCCACGCAGCUACGAUGAUCCCGGCAAGGGCAACUACUGGAUCCUGGACCCCUCGGCCGAGGAAGUCUUCAUUGGCGAAACCACCGGCAAGCUGCGUCGCAAGAAUCCCGGCGCCAGUCGCACUCGCCUCGCCGCUUACCGCCAGGCCAUCUUCUCGCCCAUGCUCGGCGGUGGUUAUGCCGCUCCAGCUGCUGCCGCUGGUUAUGGCUACCCUGGUAUGCCAUUUGCUGGCGCCGCCGCCGCUGCUGCCGCCGCUGCCCUCUAUCAACGCAUGAAUCCCGCUGCCUAUCAGGCUGCUGCUGCUGCCGCCGCUGCGGCUGCUGCUGCUGGCUAUGGACAACCGCAAAUGCAGUACCAACCGACAUCGGCUCCACCACCACCGCCACCGCAAGCAGCGCAUCCCCAGCUGCAGGGUUAUCCGGGUGCGCACAUGAAUGCCGAGCUCUUCCAGCGCAUGCAGUUCUUUGGCAAGUUCCCCGCCAGCUAAGCGAUGUCAGCGACAGCCCAGCGCUCAGCGUUUUGGUUAAAGUCAGUCGACAGUCGUCAGUCAGUCAGUCGAGACUGUCAAUCCGGCAGUCCGUCGGUCAGUCAGUCAGUCAGUCAAUCAGUCGGUCAGCAGGACAAGCAUAAGCACUUUGAUGUCUAGCAAUCGCAUUCAUUUGUGACCGUCGCCGGCCUGGACAGCCGGCAAUUCUUUUUGGAGGAGCAGCGCCCCCACCUCACCUCCGCUCCCUUGAGCACUCCAGUUACGCCACAGACUGGUGGCAACCCUAGCAUUAAUUAGCAACAAAUUAAAAGCAAGCAAUUAAAUAAAAAUGCAUUUCAAA